AUUUGUGAUUGUGCUUCUUUGGUAAAGUGAUCACAAGGUGUUCGAUAUAAUACCUGAGAGAGAGUUUCCACAGGUUUCUGAGGUUGAAGAUGAUGAUCUUGGAUGUAUGCAGUGAGAUUCUAAAGAUCCAGAAGUUACGACGGGUCGUCUCUUACGCUGGUUUCUACAGCUUCACUGCCGCCCUUACAUUCUUCUACACAAACAACACGACAAGAGCAGGAUUCUCAAGGGGAGAUCAGUUUUAUGCAUCGUACCCUGCUGGUACCGAACUUCUUACCGAUACAGCUAAGCUGUAUAAAGCGGCGCUUGGGAACUGCUAUGAAUCUGAGGAUUGGGGUCCUGUGGAGUUCUGUAUAAUGGCUAAGCAUUUUGAACGCCAGGGAAAAUCUCCAUACGUUUACCACUCCCAAUAUAUGGCUCACCUUCUUUCUCAAGGUCAACUCGAUGGUAGUGGCUAAGAGGCGUCGAUGACUUAUAAAACAACACCCCUUGUUUCUGCUGUGUACCUAAUCUUAUUGAAGAGUCAAACUCUUUUUCCUCAUUUUUAUGGGGAUCGUAACUGUUUAGUUUCCCUCCACGAGAGAUAAGAACAUGUCUUGGUGUAUAGAGCAUGAAACGUACGCGCACUAUGUAAUGAACACACAUAAGAUCAGACCUUGAUAUGCUGUACAAGGCAAAAAAACUAGGCAAGCACUUUGAUUGGCUAAGAAUAUACAAUUUCUUCAUGAAC